AAAAAGAAAAAACAAACUUCACUUCACUAUCACCAAUGACGCUGCAUUCUGCGAACACAAGGAUAUGACUUGGCAAAAGAUAUUAGAUCUAGACCUAGAUUAGUAGAUAUAGAUGUAGCUCUACCUAAACCAAUUAAUGCAAAACAAAAUAAUCUUCCAUUACCAUUGAUGUCUUCAUUAAAACGUAAAUUAGAUUUUAGUGUAUCUCUGCUUACGAAACUUAGCAUUGGUAACAAAUUUAGUAGUAGUAGUAGUAAUGUAAUAGUAAUAGUACUAAUAGUCGCAAAUAUUUCAGCCCUAAGUCACACUAAGUGGCCAAAGACAAAUUAUUACUUGUUUGUGAAUUUCUGUGUUAACAUAGGCCUAUGUUCAUGCAGCAUUGUUGAAACUAUUUAUGAAAGCAGUGUAUUAUUUAUUCCAAAUUCUAGAAACAUUCAAACUACAGAAUGUUUCAAUAAAAUAACCAAAACUAAUUAUUUCUAUACGUUGAUGACUAGUCAAAGUCAACCAAGUGCUCUGAGCUGCCCAGCUUCCCUUGUACAGACAGUUACUAGAUCUAGAGGCUUUCAAAGCAUGAGCCAAGAUAAUAAAAAAGCAACUGAAACAGUUUUACCAGAUCACUUAACUGUCCAUGCUGCUCACAUAACGGAAGUUCAUAAUGUUCCACUACAUAUUCUAAUACGGCCAAUUCCUUCAAUACUGGAUGAAGAGAAAGUUAAGUCACUUAUGGAAACUAUUGAGUCUGAAGAAGUACAAAAUGUAGUUCCACCUAUUGACAUUCUGUGGAUUAAAGGGAGACUAGGAGGAGACUACUAUUACUCCUUUGGAGGAUGUCACAGAUAUGAGGCUUAUAAGAAGCUCAAGAGAGAGACAAUUCCUUGCAAGAUAUUUAAAUCUACCAUUGAAGAUCUGAGGUCCUAUUUAGGCUCUUCAACACCUGACUUGUUAUGAUGAAUUGAGUUAAAAAUACUUGCACAAUAAAAGAAAUACAUUUUAACAUGUGAUACCUUAUUAUGAAUGACUUACAAAAUAAAAAUUCAGUCUUAUUACUUUGUAUUUAUGUAUAUAUAUAUAUUAAAUAAAUAGUUAAGUCUUUUUUUUUGUUGUUUUUUUUUUUUUGGUUGGCUUUCUUCAAUUGUAGAAAGACUAAGGUUCAUCUUGUAGAGCACUUUUUCAUGUGACUCUAGAGCCCUGUCCUGGAGAACCAUUCCUGUCCACAUGUAAGGCAGAUAAACGUGCAUUUGCUUUGGUGGUAGAGGAAUCAGCCAUUUUUUAUUAGCAUGCUUUUCUUCCAGAGCUGAGGUCAAUGCUUUUUCAUUGUCCGUAGCUUUCUUUAUCACCAGCUCUCUAGACAUAGUGCAGUCUAGGACUAUUUCUUCCCAGUACUCAACAUCUAUGUCCACUGCUUUGAGGUACCAUUUGAUUACAUCCACAUAUCAGAGGUCGGGAUGACCAGUUUUCCUUGUGCCCAUCAUGAGUUGUCCAUAAAGAAUACUUUUUGGGAUAUGUUCAUCUUCCAGACAUGACUAAGCCAAACAGUGCUGUUUUUGCAUGGUAAAGAUGCUUAGAAGACCAGUUUGAGCAAGCAUCUCAGUGUUACACAUUCUUUCUUACCAUGUAAUUUUCAGCUUACCAUAUAGACUGAAAUCAGUUUAAAAUUGGAUACUUUUAAAUCAGAUUUAAAUUAAUAAGUUACUAGCAUAUUGUUUUUCUAAUUGGUUUAUUUAAAGAUGUUAAAAUUUUGAAUUCAGAGAAAUUUAACAGUGAAUGGGAUGUGUGGCUGAGAGGCCAAGACAACUUGGGUAUGGUUUGCUGACCUAAGAAGGAAGCUCACAUUCAAAGUCCCACUCAAGCAGAGUUGUGUUUGCUGAGCACCUAAAGGAAACCUUCUCCCAGAUAUUCCUCCCCCCAUUGGUCCACAAAAGAGAUUUGACCAUGAAAUAUGCGCUGUAUAAAAGCAAUUUCUUUUUGACAUCUGUUAAAAAUAUAGAAAUGCAACAAUCUUUUUUUUUUAUAAAUAUUUAUGUUGUAGUUUUUUUUAUGUAAUGAGACCUAAAAUGGCUCAUUAAAAAAAUGAUUGUAUAUUUUGUUGUCUGGACAAUAAAAAUGUUGUAUUCAAUGACAA